AUGGUUUCUCUCGCCUACCUGAUUACCCUUGUGGCUGUGCUCGUCGCUGUCUCCCGGGCAGAUGAAGUGGCCAACGCGAAGACCGAACAAGUCGACGAGAAGUGGAUCUAUCCCAGCUACUACCGAAGAGGCGCCGCGGGUCCCCCAGAAACUGGAAACCUCGGCGACUUCGUCGCCGAGGUUUCUCCCAUGAGAACACAAAAACUGUUGUAUGAUUCUGAUCCUGAGUAUCUUCCGGUUAGAAAUCAAACUAUACCUGCUCCUGAGAUGAUGAGAUUGUGA